AUGCGAUUCCAGGGGGCGCGCAACGCCUUUCUGCUCUUGUCCUCGAGCAUCACGCUCUUUCUUCACGGCCAUGGCGCAGAAGCACACCCUGCGGACAAAUAUGCUGCACGCACCCGUAUACGACUUAAUUCCGACUGGAAAUUCAGGCGCACAGAGCGUAUCGAGGACGGCGUCAUCUACGACCUUCGGCCCGACGCCAAUGGCACAAACCUGCAGGUCUUGAAGCCAUGGAUCCUCCCUACCGCCAAUGAGUUCAUUCAAGACCCUGAGGAGCACCACAAGCGCCCGAGCGAAGAGCCCAACGUCGACAUUCCCUUUGUGAAACACGACUUUGACGACAAUGAUUGGGCUGGUGUUAAAGUACCCCACGAUUGGGCCGUCGAAAUGCCGUUUCUGACCGGUGAGGACCCAAUCAUUCCGACUACUAUGGGUCUGUUGCCGGUAUACGGAGUAGGAUGGUACCGUCGCACACUAUCUAUAGCUCCAGAAGACCUCGAGGGGACUGUAUAUUUGGAUAUCGAUGGCGGCAUGUCGUACCCCAUGGUUUGGGUUAAUGGACACCUGGUUGGCGGCUGGCCAUUUGGAUACAAUUCGUUUCGUUUAGACAUCACCCAGUAUCUGAACAAGGGAAACAACAAUCAGCUAUCUAUCCGGGUGGAGAAUCCCUACGGACGUUCGUCUCGCUGGUAUCCCGGUGCCGGACUCUACAGGAAUGUCUGGCUUACCAAGGUCAGCCAGACGCAUGUGGCCCAGUAUGGUACUACCAUCACGACGAAAGAUGUAUCGGCGGAUACGGCAAAAGUUGAUCUGGUCCUUCAGGUGCAAAACGACGGAGACAUGAGCCGCACAGUCACCGUCAAAACCGAAAUUCACGAGCUCAACUCCAGGACUCGUGGGCGCGGCCGCCGCGUUGCGGAGUUUCCGCAAGAAGAAAUCGAAGUAUCUGCAAGCAGUAAAAAAUCAGUAUCAGGCACUGCAAUAAUCAGGAGACCUCGUUUGUGGGGGCCGCCACCGUCUCAGACACCACAUCUGUACGUCGCAACUACAAGCCUCUACGCCGGCCGGCAGCUGCUCGACACAUACGAAACUCGGUUUGGCGUCCGUUCACUCUGGAAUGACCCGAAUGAGGGACUCUUUGUGAAUGAGAAGCCUGUCCGCCUGCAGGGCGUCAACCAGCACCACGAUUUAGGCCCUCUGGGCGCCGCCUACAACGAGAGAGCUGCCGAACGCCAGCUGGAGAAGCUGCAGGAAAUCGGUGUCAACGCCAUUCGGAUAGCGCAUAACCCGCCAGCGCCCGAGCUCUUGGAUCUCACCGACCGGAUGGGCUUCUUGGUCAUCGACGAGAUCUUCGAUUUCUGGGCCAGGGAGAAAACUGAGUUGGAUUUCCACCUGAUCUGGGACGAUUGGAGUGAGGCGGACCUGCGAACAUUCCUCCGACGGGAUCGAAACCAUCCUUCCAUUAUGGCAUGGAGUUACGGCAAUGAAGUGAGGGAGCAGGUAUAUGCCGUAGAAGAUGCGGGUGAGAUAGCGACUUACCUGCGCCAUAUUGUUGCGCAGGAGGAUCCCACUCGGCCGAGCACCGCAUCGAUGCACUAUGCCAGUCCGGAUAUGCCUUUGGCCCGAGUCCAGGACAUCAUCAGCCUCAACUACCAGGGGGAGGGGAUCAUGUACGGCCCAGAGUACGAAAACUAUACCGGGAUGUACAAGAAGCCGCCGCAGUACAACGUGUAUCACGAAGCCUUCCCAGACAAACUUAUCCUGGGCAGCGAAGUCGCGUCGUCCCUCAGCCUUCGUGGCUCAUAUGUGUUUCCGGUCACCUCGUUCAACAGCGCCCCCGCGAACAACUCUGCUGGCACAGACCCAACAAUCCCCGCCGUGAGUUCCUACGAGUUAUACACGUCUGACGCAGGCUCGUCCCCGGACAGAGUGUUCUUGACGCAAGACAAGCAUCAGUUCGUCGCGGGAGGCUUUGUUUGGACUGGCUGGGACUAUCUCGGUGAGCCUUAUCUUUUCAACACGAGUACCCACGGUGGCCACUGGGGUAUCUUUGACCUUUGCGGCUUCAAGAAGGACCGCGCCUGGCUAUACCAGUCACGCUGGAAUCCUGACGUCAAGAUGGCGCAUAUCCUGCCCCAUUGGAACUGGCCCGACAGGGAGGGACAAGUCACUCCAGUGCAUGUCUUUACUUCAGCGGAUGAAGCGGAGCUUUUCUUGAAUGGGAAAUCUCUUGGCAGGAAAAAGAAGGAGCCCUUUACAUAUCGCUUUCGAUGGGAUGAAGUAGUCUACGAGCCGGGGGAGUUACACGUUAAAACCUAUCGGGAUGGGAAUACAUGGGCCACCGAUACUGUAGUAACAACAGGCGAGAAAUCGGGGCUUCAACUAAAGGCUGAUCGUGACCGUAUCGGCGCGGAUGGUGAUGACCUUUCGUUUAUCACCUUGGAGAUCGUGGAUAGGAAGGGAAAUGUGGUUCCCGAAUCGCAUGAUCUGAUCAAGUUUUCCAUCUCCGGCCCCGGUGAGAUUGUAGCCACGGACAACGGCUUUCCUGCUGAUCUGACAAUAUUUACGUCCAAGGAGCGGAAUGCCUUUAAUGGCCUCGCUCUUGCUAUUGUCCGCGGCGAAGCUGGACGCCGUGGAAAAAUCACUGUAACGGCCGAAAGCGAAGGCCUUGGAACCGCAGAGGUCGUCAUCAGGUCGACCUAG